UGGGAGUUCAGUUGAAUUUUGUAAACAAACAAAACAUGGACGGGAAGAAAAUCUCCUUCGGAUUUAGUAAAAUUGUGAAGAAACCACAGCUCGGCAAUGUGCAGAAGAAGGAGGAACAGAAAGUGGAGCUGAUAGAGUGUCUGGAGGGCCAAGAGAUCAAAGUGACUGGGCGGAAGAGCCCCAUUGUGAGUGCCCCUCUGGUGAUUCCGCUGAAGAAUGGCGCCACUCCGAUUGAGAGACUGGUGGAGAAGAAGAGGCCAGCUGAGAGGAGAGAAGAAGUGACAGAGAGCGUGAAAGAGGAGACCCUGGAGCAGAGAGCCGCCCGGGAAAUCAUUGAGGGUCUCCGGGAGGCUCAGGAAGCGUCUGAGGAGAAGGUCUUCUCCGUCCCCUUGAAGCCGGAGGAUUUGCCUCUGGAUGGGGCGCAUGAAUCCACGAUGGAUGACUACGACAAUGUGCCUAUUGAGCAGUUCGGCCUGGCGAUGCUGCGCGGAAUGGGUUGGAAGGAUGAGGAGCACAAGAAGAAGGAGAAGAUAGACGACGUGAUCGUCUGCCGGCCCAAGGGACUGGGCCUAGGAGCGGAUAAGGUAGUGAAGCCAACGAAAGUGCAGAAUACGUCGUCCGCUCAGGAGGAGUUGAAGAUCAAAAAGGGUGGAUUUGUGAAGAUUCUGGGCGGGAAGUUCGUCGACAUGUACGGACAAAUUGAGGGAAUGGAUGAAGAGACUGGUAGGAUAGACGUGAAACUCGCUCUUGGCGGCAGAGAAUCCAUCAGCGAGUACCUCAUUGAGCCUGUGCCUGAGAAGGAAUUCCUGCAAAACCGGAAAGUGAUCAACGUGACAAAGUAUGAAGAGUACAAAAGAAGGCAAGAUGAGCCUGAGAAGCAUGAGAAGCACAAGAGCGACUCCAGGCGGGAGGAUGAGCGCCGGCAUUUAUCCAAAUCGUCCAAAUACAAGAGCAGAAGUCAUCGAAGGGAUUCCUCGAGUUCCGACGACAGGAGCAGAAGACAUUCGAGUAGCCGGCAUGACCGAGAUCGUGAUUCCAGGAAAUCCUCACACAAGAAGAGUCGCCAUCGUGACAGACACUGAUGAACGGUUUAAUGCAUAAAGUUCGAACUGAAGAAAUCCAUGAUGUUUCCUCGCAUUCUCGUCUCGUAUUGAUGUUUGUUCGCCUCUACAAGGACGUGUUCAGGCUCCUCA